AUGGCCAAAGCAAGUGUACUCUUGCAUCCAAGCAUUUCGACCCCAUUGGGGCGUACGUUGCAGUCACAGAGUCAAGUGCUGACCAAAUCGUCGCUCAUGUACCCAAUCUUUAUCACUGACGAGGCCGACGCCAAGAUUGCAUUGGGUGGUAUGCCAAAUCAGCACCGGUGGGGAGUUAACCGUCUUGAAGAGUUUUUGCGUCCAUUGGUGGAGCGCGGUCUACAGUCUGUCAUUUUGUUUGGUGUGCCAGUGACGAAACCGAAAGACGCACGUGGUGUACUCGCAGACGACGUGGAAGGCCCAGUGAUUGCAGGGAUUCGCAAGAUUCAUGCACUGUUCCCUGAGCUAUUUGUGGCAGCUGAUGUAUGCCUAUGUGAAUAUACCUCGCACGGCCACUGCGGCAUUUUACAUGAAGAUGGCACGGUAGACAACAGCGCAUCGAUUCAGCGCUUGGCCGAUGUUGCAGUUGCAUACGCAAAAGCCGGUGCACAAUGUGUUGCACCGAGCGAUAUGAUGGACGGUCGCAUUGGCGCAAUUCGCGAGGGGUUGCGCAAGGCUGGCCUCGCAAGCAAGACAACCUUGAUGGCGUACAGCGCCAAGUUUGCCUCGAAAAUGUACGGCCCAUUCCGCGAGGCCGUCGCAUCUGCACCCGCAUUUGGUGAUCGUCGGUGCUAUCAACUUCCCCCGAAUGCGCGUGGACUUGCACGCCGUGCAAUUCAUCGCGAUAUAGCCGAGGGUGCAGAUAUUAUCAUGGUCAAACCGGCGCUUCCGUACCUGGACGUGCUCGCGGAUGCACGCGAGAUCGCACCCGACUAUGUAAGAGCCUGCUACCAAGUGAGCGGCGAGUAUUCUACACUACAUGCAGCGGCAAAUGCCGGCGUUGGCGAGCUUCGUGCCUUGGUUGAGGAGACGAUAACGUCCAUGCUCCGCGCCGGCGCAACCCUUAUUUUGACCUAUUUCACACCGGAAUUGCUCGAGUGGAUCGACUUGCCGCAUCCCAAGUAA